AUGCAAAAAAACCACCCACCCUGCACCUACACACUGUGGAGAGAGGGAGGCGGAAAAGCAAUCUAUACGCCAGGAAACCGGGGUGCAUAUGGAGAUGAAGAGUUAUGA